UAAGUGACUCUUUUUUUCAUUCAGCACAUCACAAACAAAAAGUACGAAGUCUCGAUUCUUUUCUUUCUCUGAAUCUCUCUUUGUGCGUCACUCUGCAUCAAUGGAUGACAAAGCAAGAAGCUUAAAGAUCAACAAGAACAUGGAGGAUUUUUCGAACGUGGAAGAAGAAAUGGACCUAAGGAGAGGUCCAUGGACCGUUGAGGAAGAUUUAGAGCUCAUCAAUUACAUCGCUAAUCAUGGUGAAGGUCGAUGGAACUCUCUAGCUCGUGGUGCCGGACUCAAAAGGACCGGCAAAAGCUGCAGACUUCGGUGGCUGAACUAUCUCCGACCAGAUGUCCGCCGUGGAAACAUAACUCUUGAAGAACAACUCUUGAUUCUUGAACUACACUCCCGUUGGGGCAAUAGAUGGUCUAAGAUUGCACAAUAUUUACCAGGGAGAACAGACAACGAGAUCAAAAACUAUUGGAGAACACGUGUUCAAAAGCAUGCGAAACAGCUUAGGUGCGACGUGAACAGUCAACAGUUUAAAGACACCAUGAAGUAUCUUUGGAUGCCUCGGCUCGUAGAACGGAUCCAAGCCACCUCCACGAGGUCUGUUUCCACGUCAUCUUGCGUCACCACCUCUUCAGAUCAGUUCGUGAUCAACAACAACAGUACCAACAUGGAGCAUUCCGGUUUGAUGAGUAACCCUAAUGGUCACAUCUUCACGUCGGAAUCGGAUCAUUCCAACGUGGCAGUAUCCCCUUCAUCAGAUUUGACGGAGUGUCAUCCACAAAUGUCAUCACAGAAUUAUUUGGAUAAUAAAAUAUCCCCUUCAUCAGAUUUGACGGAGUGUCAUCCACAAAUGUCAUCACAGAAUUAUUUGGAUAAUAAAAGUGGUUUAUUAGGAGAUUUUACGAAUGGGAUGAUACCUAAUUACUGGGACAGUUUCUGGAACAUUGGAUAUGAUGAAGACCUCUGGCUCUUACAACAACAACAACAAGGUGUCCUCGGCAAUGGAAGCUUCUGAAAAGACAGAAGAAGCUACUAAAAAGUCAUAAAAACAACAAAAGUAAAAGGAGAAAAACAAAGCUUCUAAUUAGGGAGCUGGCAAAAAAAAAAAAAAAAGCUUCUAAAUUAGGGUGUGAAAGGAAUUUGUUAUAAUAUAUUUGAAGGUUUUUUUUUUUUUCUUUUUCUUUUUGUAGUAAGUUCGAUUGAUAUUUUGGAAUUGUGAUACUAUUUUUUGUGCUGAUAAUUUCCAAAACAAUUCAGAGUCCAAUUAAUAAC